AUGUUUGGUGGCAAUGUGGACGUCUAUUACUGGCCUGUUUCCGGAGCGAAUGGCGAUUGCGUCUCGACUAUCGGCUCAAACUUCAACAACCCCGUGACAGAGCUCCUGGUCACCGAUGAUAGAGGCUAUCCUUAUUGGAAAGCCCAGACGAACCCUUGGGGACAGAGCGGUAGUCCGGAUGUGAACAGCAUCACACUUCCUCCGCAACAAGCUCUGGCUGGUGCUCCCAACCCCCUGAGCGGACCGACGAACAUAAUCGAGGCCCGAGGUUACUGGCAAAGCAACAUUACGGUCGCUGGUAAUGUGUCCAGCUCUGAGGCUAUAGCCACCAUAGUUGCAUUUGCGCCGGAAGAGCUUUCCACCAUUCAGAUCCCAGCUUGGGUACGAGCAGAUGUUCCACCAAAAGCAGCAAUCAGAUCGUUCAAUUUUGCAGAUCUCCCAUGCCCGCCCCAAAGCGUAAUGUACGCUGUGGAGUACAAGCCUGCUCCUGGGGAACCCUACCGGCCUGUUCUCUCCCCACCGCGCCGUCUUAGCUCUCUUCUGCCUGAGUGGUCGAAAUCCGGUUGCAUCAUACCAGCAGCCUUGUUCAAUGGUGUUGACCCACCAAGAACUUUAAAGCCCGCGGAAAUUCUCACUCCCCGGGUUACUCGAGUCCAACCCACGGCCUCAGUGACUGCUGUGGCUGCUCCGGCAUCGGGCGUUCGGGCGAAUGAGCCAAGCAAGACACCAAAUCCCUCUACACCAGAUGAUAAGAAAAUAUCUACUCCAUCAGACCCUGGCACGAGCGAGAGUGGCUCUGAAGUUGAAGAUCCCUCAAGUCCAGGUCUAAACCAAGUAGACCCGAAAAUCACAGACCCUAAAGCCGUAGACUCCGAAGAUUUCGACAUACACAAAUCAAAUUCGAACAAUGCAGAUCUGCAGGCUAUGAAAUCUAGCGCCCCUGAGCCCGAAACUACUCCCGUCGAUGCGUCUAAGCCAGAUUCACCAAAGCCCGAAAAUCUUGAUCCAAAGCAGGCCAAAGCACCACCAUCGGACUCGCAAGAAAUCGACCCUCAAGUACUAGAUGGUCAUGAUGAGCCCCAAGGGGCUCAAAGCUCUACUCCCCAAGUCUCGAAUCCGGAUGACCCAAAGGCCGACACUUCAAGCCCAGACCGCUCUCAGCAAAACGUUCCAGACACUUCUUCGAAUAAUGCUGACUCGAGCAACGAAUAUUCUGAGAAUUCUCAACCAAAUGCUUAUACCCCCACUGUCUUCGACGCAACUGGAAUAGACGUUUCAAGCUCAAACGCGCAGGGGAAAGAAGUAGCAGACCCUGAUACCAAUAUCCCGGACUCUUUCAUGGGUCAAUCGAAGCAGUUGAAUUCUCACGGACAAGAUUCCGCAAUGUCUCGCCCCAACAAGUCGCCAGCCGCAGAAUCCGAAGCUAACGACGGUGAUGUUUCAAUGGUCAAAGGUCCAGACCUUGAGCUCGACCCCUUCGAUGUCAUUCCCACAAAUUCGUCCAACAUCGACGAAGCUCUCUCACCAAGUGCAAAGUCUGAUGAUGGACAGUAUUCCACAAAAAAUGGUUCAGAACACGACCCGUCAUCUCAACCAGAAGAUUUAGAGUACCCACCAUCUGGGGACAAUCAGAAUGACGAUGACGUAAUAGCAAAGCCGGCCUUUGCAGAUGAUCAUUACCUCUCACAUCAGCACUCUGCCAAUGUUCUGCCAAGCACAUACUCUGAUGCCAUUGUAGUUUCUCUUAGCAGGACUGCACCCACAGAUGACUCAGCUUCCGCGAACGUGGCUAUUGGGACCUCAAAGGAGGUAGGUUCCGCAUCAUCUUCCGCGAGUUUAGCUGCCUCGGGUAUUCGCCUAGGCAACGAUGGGACAAGCACUAAACUCAGGGAGUGGUUCCUGGGCAUCGAGGAGGCACCCGUCGAUUAA